AUGUCGCCAUGCCACAUAUGUGGCCUCUCGGUCAGAGGCACGCCUUGCUUUAUCGAUGAUAACGACCCUCCUCUCCCAGAAGACGAGCCUCUUCCCGAAUAUUUCAAUGAACUAGAUUGGUUCGCCGAGGCCCGCUUACUAUGCGAUCCCGAUGAUGAAUUUGGACAAAUCCUUCCGGGGCUUGAAGACGAGUAUCUCGACCUCGACGAUUUGAGAUCCACGAUCCAGCCAGAUUCACAUGGCGUCCGACCAAGAUGUCAAGCUUCCGACAUUGAGGUGUAUCCCGCAGAGCCUGAAGACAAACACCAGUAUACCCGAUGGGAGCUUGACGGCAGCUACAAGUGGGGUGAAACCUCAAACAAAGUGGUUUGCUUUUCUCACCGUUACUGGGCUUUCGACAGCCGAGCGUAUGCGUUGGUUCACACCGCAUGCCUGGAAAUUGCGAAAAUUGUCUUCAAAACAUCACAAACGACACAUAUUCGAGAUUUGCGAGGGCUUUUCAUGGCAUUGAGAUGGAGGCAGGCGGUAACAAUGAAGUGUGCAGAUCGGCAUGGAGGUUGUUUUGCACCAAACUUUACGAUCUGGACGAAAGGCUUUUACAUACCUUUCUUUGAAUGGUCAUCGCAUGAGUGUCCUGGACUUGAUUGGCCCGGGCCCUUUUCAUCCCCAAGGGCGAACCUUUUCUAUACGUUGGGGAGCAGCCCUCUAGAGAUCGACGGACUAACCGAAUGCCUUUUGAAAAAUCUGCAGCAGUGUCGCUCAAACGUUGCUUUUGCGAGUGACCAUGCUACGCGGCUGAUAGCAGAUUUGGCUGCGAUGCCAGCCGAAGUCUUAGACCAGAUCUGUAAGUCAAUGGGGCCAGAUCUACCACGGGUUUCCUCGCGAGUCUUACCUCAGAAGAUCUGGAAGAACACACUCAAGGCCGGCGGUCGCGGUCUCCUUCAAUGGCUGUGGGACAUUGAUCCAACACUUAUCGACGCCAAAGAUGCCGAGAGUUGCCCCGGUGGUUCUGACUUUGAAUGGGACUGGGAACUCUUAGUUCGACAACUCAGUCGCGGGGUAGACUACGGUCUUCGACUAGACCGUCCUAAACGCGGGGAGCUACUCGUUCAUCAAAUGGCCACCACGGGCUACCACAGUGAUCUCUCUCAUGUACCUCCUGGAUUGCACAAUCGACGCCGAAUUUGGCAACUUGUGGAGGAGAUGUUUGUGGGUGACGCUUUGCCUUUCCCAGGGAGAGCAAGUCGAGACGGGUCACAGCUACCUCAAAAGGAGUGCUUUCCCCUCUGCUGGAGCAAGUGUGGAGAUAUCUUGCCUUCUCCAGUCUGGCUUCCAUCAAUUGAAAUGGACGGCUAUCUUCGCAAGAUUGGGGGAGGGAUCUACGAAUACGAGGGGCAGCGGAGUCCUCAGUAUUGGCAGCUAGGUACUGACAGUGACGAGAAGAAUCACGAGGACGAAGAUCAACAGCAACAUAAAAAAGAAGCAGAAAACAAGGACGGCGGUGAGGAUGGGCAUGUACUGCCGGCUAGCUUAGAAGAGAUCUAUGCCAAGCUUCGCCCACUGGGAUAUCCUGUAUGA